AUGUCCGGAGUGACAAACCAAGCCAAAUUGGAAGGCAAUGAUGAGCUUGACUCUCAGGAGCCACAAUUCGCUCGAGGCUCUGUCGGUGGUGACGAGGAGGAGGACGACGAGCCCACGGGGGGUAAACAGCAGAAGGAGAGAAGAAAGAUUGAGAUCAAGUUUAUUCAGGACAAGUCUAGAAGACAUAUUACUUUUUCUAAAAGAAAAGCCGGUAUCAUGAAGAAGGCGUACGAAUUGUCGGUGUUGACGGGUACGCAGGUGUUGUUGUUGGUUGUGAGUGAGACCGGUCUUGUGUAUACUUUCACCACGCCCAAGUUGCAACCUCUUGUGACGAAGUCAGAGGGUAAGAACUUGAUCCAGGCAUGCUUGAAUGCGCCCGAAGAAGGAUUGGGCGACGAGCAAGGGGAGCAGAGCGACGGCAACUCGCAAGAGCUGCCCGACCAGAGCCCAGCUCCACCUCAGGCUCAGCAGCAGCCUCCACAGCAACAACAGCAGAUUCCACAUCCCCAGCAAGUACAGGCACAUCAGCAUCAGGCAGCAGCUGCCCACCAGCAGCAGUUACCACCUACACACAUGCCACACCAGAUGCCGUACCAAGGCCAAGGCCAUCCUCUGGGAGGAUUGCCGAUCCCCCAGGGCGGGAGCUACAACGACCCUUACGGCGGUUACUUUGGUGGGAUGGGCAACGGCAACAUGCCCAACCAGCAACAGUACCAGUAA